AGCAUGCAGAUAGUUGGCUGAGUCUGUGGUGGAGUUUGAGAGGCCCAGAGAGCCGCAAGAGGGGAGCUGAGAUCAGUUACAGCAGAAAAGGCAAAGCAGGCAGGCAAGCAAGUGAUCUGGGAAAAAGAGAGGCUAAAAGUAGCCCGGGUUGUGGAGCAGAAGUAAGGCAAGAAAGAAGAUAUUUGGUCUGUCCAGAGUACUUAGUUUGGAAGAGACGGGACAGGCGGUCAGGGGGCAACCAGAGACAGACAGACAGAAAGACAGGGAACACCUGGACUGAGCAGGGGAUUUAGUUACUUUCAGUCACUGGAAGCUUUUUCUCAGUUUUUACAGUCACUUUCUCCCCGCUUGGUUGCAGAACAAAAGAGGAGGGUUGUAGUUGUGAUUGCUUGAGCAUGUUUGACUGUAUGGAGGCUCUGGGGCUGGCCCCGCGGCCCCUAUUUGAUGUGUCCGGACAAGGCUCCUGCAUGCUCGCCAAGGCCACCCCUUACUUCUCCGGCCUGGACCCCUUUGCCUGGGCUGGGACUGGCAGCAUUCAGUCGGUGGAGACCCAGAGCACCAGCUCAGAGGAGAUGGUGCCCAGCUCUCCCUCUCCUCCGCCUCCACCUCGUGUCUACAAGCCGUGCUUUGUGUGCCAGGACAAGUCGUCUGGUUAUCACUACGGAGUGAGCUCCUGUGAGGGCUGCAAGGGUUUCUUCCGGCGCAGUAUCCAAAAGAACAUGGUGUAUACCUGCCACAGAGACAAGAACUGUCAGAUCAACAAAGUAACCCGCAACCGCUGCCAGUACUGUCGGCUGCAGAAAUGCUUUGAGGUUGGCAUGUCCAAAGAAGCGGUGCGUAAUGACAGGAACAAAAAGAAGAAGGAUGUGAAGGAGGAGGUGGUGCUGCCAGAGAACUAUGAACUGAGUGGAGAACUGGAGGAGCUGGUUAACAAAGUCAGCAAAGCUCACCAAGAGACCUUUCCAUCUCUCUGCCAACUAGGAAAAUACACCACAAAUUCAAGUGCUGACCACAGAGUACAGCUGGACUUGGGCCUGUGGGAUAAGUUCAGUGAGCUGUCCACUAAGUGCAUUAUAAAGAUUGUGGAGUUUGCCAAGCGCCUACCGGGCUUCACUACGCUCACCAUCGCUGACCAGAUCACCCUCCUCAAAUCUGCAUGUCUGGACAUCCUGAUGUUGAGGAUAUGCACUCGCUACACCCCAGAACAGGACACGAUGACCUUCUCAGAUGGCCUGACUCUCAACAGGACCCAGAUGCAUAACGCUGGCUUCGGUCCGCUCACAGACCUGGUGUUUGCCUUUGCUGGCCAGCUGCUGCCUUUGGAGAUGGACGACACAGAGACGGGCCUACUCAGUGCCAUCUGCCUCAUCUGCGGAGACCGGAUGGACCUGGAGGAGCCACAGAAGGUAGACAAGCUCCAGGAGCCGCUGCUAGAGGCUCUGAAGAUCUACACCCGCCGCAGACGCCCUAACAAGCCUCACAUGUUUCCUCGCAUGCUGAUGAAAGUCACAGACCUCCGAGGAAUCAGCACCAAAGGUGCAGAAAGAGCCGUCACACUGAAGACGGAGAUCCCAGGCCCCAUGCCUCCACUGAUCAGAGAGAUGCUGGAGAACCCAGAGGCCUUUGAGGACAGCAGUGACUCAGGGGACAGCGCUACAGCAGCCCCCCCUGCCAUUAAAGCCAUCAAACAAGAGGAGAAGGCCACAGAUGAGUCGCCAGUGGAGGAGGAAGAGGACCAGGAAGAGGACGACUACUGGGAUGAAGAGAGAGAGCGAGGGACGGACAGUGACAGGGAGCUGUGCGGGGAGGUGGCGGCAGGCGCACCAAAGAAAGGUGUGACUGGGAAAACACAGUGAGAGACACAAUGAUGCUGCUUCCUCCUUCAGAUCUCUGGGCCCUCGCCCAGUAAUAUCUCCUCCAAGAAACCUCACAGAAUUAGGCUCUUAUACGAUGGUGUUGCAUACAGCACACAUUUACAUAGACUGUACAUGUUGACUGAAAGGAAACUGUGUUAAAUUCCGUAUAGGAAGCAAUGAGCGGGAGAAGCAAAAGCACUAAAUGUCAGUGGGUUGAGGAGAGUGCCACAAAAAUCACUGUGCCAAAAUGAGACUAAAAUAUGUUUCAAAAGUGUUUGUCCACCCAAAGAGGAACAAAAGGUGGUGGACAAAAGAAAAUGCACUCCUCUGCUAUCUAUAAGGGCUAUGCUUUGUAUAAAAUUGAUGGUAAAAAUACAUUGCAACAACAGAACUCUGUUGUAUCCAUUUGCCGCAAAUGUCCUCUCAGAAUUCCUUUUAUUACUAUUCAGAGAGAUGCUACUUAUUUUUUUAUUGUAUUUUUUUUAAGCAUGUACACAAUUCUGUUCUUUCUUUAUGCCUGUUUUUGGGACUCUUUGUUGCUUUUCUUGUAUACUUUUCACUUCAGUCCUGCUCACAAUUGACUGGACAUAUGUGUUUGUGUUUUGCCUUUAAUUUUAUGCAUUUCUGAUUUAUUGGACACAGUCAAAAGCAAUAGCAAAGAGAGAGAGAGGGAGAGAACAGGUGUCAUGAGCAGGACUCAAACUCACAAUGUCACAAGCACAUGGUAUCUCUGAUGAGUCAAAUAUCUGAGAGAAUUUAAUUUCAGCUCUGGUGCUUGUGAUCCAAAUGAGACUCUUAACAAAGAAUGCAAAACAACUACAGAAACAUAUCUCCACCUCUUGCUAAAAAUACAGACUUACACACUAUAGUUUUAAAAAAAAACGUAGAUAAAGAAUCUGCAGGGUGGAUUUAACGUCAUCACACAAUCUCAGGUUGAUUCUAUCAGGGCCAAGUCUCACCUGUCAAUACAGUAUUUCAAGAAAACUGUUACGUCCCCAUCUUUAACAAAAGUUAUUCUUACACCAAGAAGAAGGGAUACUUAGAAACGGAAAUUGUAUAUGCCCUCGGUACAGCAACCACGUACAGGUAAGCCAUAAUAUUUUCAUUUUGUAAGCGUGAGCAAAGAAUCACCCAAACAGACAUGACCCUUAAAAGCAGUUUACUUCACAGAAAACCUCAGGUGUGUAUGUGUGCUUGUGUGCAUGAGUGUGUAACUGAGAGCAUUUACAGACAGAGUGAUGUAGAGAUGUGAUGUUACUGUCAUUAGCGCCAUAACCCAUAUUGAGCAUUUACGCAGAAGUCUAAUUAUUAGUUCUCUUAAAAACACACAUAAAACAGGUUUUGUGACAAUAACAAAAACACAAAAUGUUUUUAAAAGUUUACUCACCGAAAGACUUCUGGUGGACAGUAGGACAUUGAUGCUGAUGCAAGCUGACCAAGAAUCACAUGAUCAAUUAUAACUGAGGUUGGAACCGUCCAAACAAAACAAAAGCUUUACAUUUGGGUGACGUGUCUGCUGAAGCAUGGGAUGAUGGCUUCAAAUGAUGUGUGUUCAUGUGUGCUGUAUCUAACGAGUGAUGCAAAAUAUGGAUUCUGUAAAAUAAAUUCUUAUUUGUUUUUCAUUGAGACUAUA